AUCAGACGCGGAGAGCUCCGCACCCCGGGCCAGCAGAAGGACGAUUUUGCUCCGGACCAAACAGACAUCACACCAUUCAUUAACCUCGCCGCACAAUCACAAACUCGACGAUGCCGCCCAGAUUACCUCUUGCCCAAGCGGCGAGGUCCUGCCGCGCAACCCUCACCACAGCCACGACGACCCCCAUAAUCUCAUCCGCACCAUCUAUCACAACCCUCCUGUCCGCCUUGUCGUUGCAAACCCGCCGCCAGGCCUCGAUCCUCUCUAAUUUGAGGGACAAUCCGGGUGCUUACAACAAGCGGAAGCGUGUGGGACGUGGACCUUCAUCCGGCUAUGGAAAGACGGCCGGUCGAGGUCAGAAAGGUCGCAAAGCGCGCGGCGCCGUAAACCCUUGGUUUCAAGGUGGACAGACUUCGCUUUUGGGAGUUUGGGGUAGGAAAGGAUUCGUGAACCACCGAGCAGAAGACCUUGCAGAGGUCAACCUCGACCGGUUACAAGCAUGGAUCGAUUCCGGCCGCAUCGAUGCUACCCAGCAGAUUACACCUCGAGAGAUGGUACGCAGCGGUCUCGCUGCCCGCGGCAAGGACGGCAUCAAGAUCAUUGCACGGGGCUCGGAAAAGCUCAAGACCCCCAUCGACAUUGUCGCCUCGCGCGUCUCUGCUAGCGCCAUAGAGGCCAUUGAGGCCUUGGGCGGAAAGGUCCAGACGCGCUACUACACGAAGCAAACGAUCCAAAGACUGGUCCGCGGUGAGAUGGUCCACACAACGGAACCCCUGCCCGUCGGUGCCGAACACGUAGAGAGGAUCUUGACCGAGCGCAAAGGCCAGACCAAGCACAUGUACCGUAUGCCCGACCCUACUUCCCGUUGGGACAUUGAGUACUACAGAGACCCGGCGCACAGGGGCUAUCUGAGUUACCAGCUCGCUCCGGGCGACUCUCCCAGUUUGUUCUUCAAGGUGCCCAAAACCUUUGCACCAAAAGUGGAUAAGGAAGAGGGUGAGCAAAAGAAGAAGAAGGAUCUGGGAGACAACAAGAUGUGGUGAUGGAGCAUCUUUUGAUUGCUUCUGUACAAUAUUAUGUCCACAUAGAGUGUAUUAUCCAUAUACAAGCAUUGGGUUGGUAAAUGGCUGGCACUUGUCAGUAUCGCUGAUGAAGUUAUGUGUUAUAUCGGCUCAAAACUGUCAGUUUUAUUUCAAAGCAGAGGUUUGUGUGAUUAUCACACUGUUCUUGACCACAUGAGUAUCGGCCUACAAGAAGUGGGACAUGCUACGAGUCCAGUAUUAUAUCUAUGUCAGUUAAAUCAUAUUUGGGUGUGUAACUCAGGAUAAACAAAACAAAACUCUUUAAGAAAA